AUGGGGAAGAAGAAGCACGACUCUGAGGCGUCCGACAGCGGCACCAAAAAAGGCCAUCUCCGCCUCAUCGCGGCCAGGGCGGAGGGCCGCCAGUUCGACCUCCCGCCGACGAUGACCGACAAGGAGAUUGAGAAGCUCGGCCUCCUCGUGUCACAUGUGGACCAACCGGUGCAGCCGCCACUGCCCCGGUAUGCCACUAACAUCAUAUCGCUGGACCUCACGGAGGAAGAGGCCCUACAACGGGCGCUGCAGAACUUGGCCCCGCAGCCACCACCUCCAGCUCCGUCGUUCAGCCCGUGGGCUACUCCACCUCCACCACCAGCGUUCAAUCUGUGGGCUGCUCCACCUCCACCGCCGGUGGCACCUGCGUUCAACCCGUGGGCUGCUCCACCUUCACCGGUGGUGGCACCGACUUCAGAAUGUAGAUGGACACGGAUGUCCGCGGACUCUCUUCGUCCGUGUCCGUCAGAAUUGCUAAACGUCGUCGCGGACGGGCCGUAUUUUUCAGACGGACUAACGGAAAGCUUCCACGGAGCCUGCCAGGCCCGUACCUCCUGCAAGAAAAAAAAGAACGAAGAAACAGAGCACCAGUCCUUCGUUGCUCCGUCUCCCUCGAUAGGGCAUGCCGGCGCGCCGCCACAGCUGAGCCGGCGCCCCGCUCCUCGCCGCCAGCCUGCGCCCGGCUCGUCGCCGCCCUCCACCCCCUCGUCCCACUUCCUCCCCGUCCUCCACCCCUCGUCCCACGUCCCUGCCGGCACUCUUUCCUCCUUCUCUUUGAUUCUCCCGCUCCGGCCCGGCUUGGCCGAGCAAAUCCUCCGCCUCCGAGAGCCGCCUCCUCGUCUCCAAGGCCGGCAGCCACGUCCGCCCGCCACCACCUCGCAUCACGACCUCGCGUCGCCGCUGCUUGCUCGACACGAGCUCGCGCCGCCAUGGGCGCUAGCGAGCAAGAUCCGCGACCAUGGCCGUAGCAGCAAGCUCCGCCCGGCCUCGCGUCGCCACGGCAGCAGCAACCUCCGCCGGUGCCUCACGCCGCCACGCCAGCCCAGCAGCAACGAGACGCGCCGCAGCAGGCCGGCCACGCCAAGGACGCGCAGCAGCAGUCCGGUCACGCCAGCAAGCUCCGCCUCCAGCUCCUCGACGAGCACGAACGUGCGGCAGCAAGCCGGCCACGCCAAGGACGCGCGGCAGCAGGUCGGCCACGGCAACGGCGAGGACCAACGGCGCCACGGCCAGCCAGGGACCCGAUUGCUUUUCUGUUUCUAUGUACAGGGACCCGAUUGA